AUGCGAAGGUUUACCUAUAGCGCUCGCGAUCAAGAAAAAUUAUACACUAACGGUUUGUGCGUCAACGGUGCAAGACUACGUUUAUUAAAAAACCUGAAAAAGUGUCGAGCUAACAAAAAUAUCCAAAUAAACGACGUGGACAUAGAUGAUCAAGCAGACAUCACCACAACAGUGAAAACCCAUCAAAACCACUUGAGGAAGGAAGAAGAUAAUCAAAGGAAAACCUUGAAAUUGAAUGUGACCGAUUGUAAAAACAGCCAAGUGUUCAACAAGCAACUGCGCCAGAUAUACGAAACCAUAGAAGUACACGAUUUUGAAAGGAUUCUGAGCGAUAUCUAUCAAAGCGAAUCCUUCAAAAAACAAGCCAAAAACAAAGCAGAUGACAUACUGACGAAAAUUAACGCCGAAGAAAUAUACCAAGAACAUUUUGGGCAAUACGUAGACUAUCUGAAGAAUGUGACUAACAACAUCACUACCAGCUAA